GCUACGUUUACUUUAUACAACUUCAACAAAUUAGCAGGACACAUCUACCUUACACGCUACCUGCCUUUGACCGGGUCAAUACAAUAUGCGCCUGUCUCAAGAGUGGUGAAGUAACACACAAAAGAAUGGAUUAUCAGCUGAAACAAACAUAACAUAUACUCUGGUUGCUUCAGCUUCAUACAUUCAUAUCUACAGACAUCGGAGUAAACUUGGAAAUGGACCUGUGCGAAACAGUGGACGUAACUUUCCAUGGUGUCGCCUACUUGCUCACCGUCUCGACGAUUGAGGGCGAGACUCUGUGCCUGGAAGUGGAACAGAAGUCUGAUUGCUCCCGAUGGCGUGGCGACUUUACUUCUCGAUAUAUUGAAGAUAUCACGGCAAAGACAGGGAACUUUAAGAAGUUCCCCGUCUUCGUCAAGAUGUUGCUAUCGGCGUUGAAGCAGGCGUCGGACAGCGUCUUUGUGGACUUGUUGACAUACCAGGACCUUGAGGUGCUGAAAAGUCGAAAGACGGGAGGUCAAGCGCCUCCAGCGCGAACCCAGGCUCCCAACAACAAACGUUACCUCAUCAUGACCUACGCUGCCGAAUUCGACCGCGUGCACUACCCACUGCCACUCCUGUACGAGGAGAACCCCGACCCGCAGCACCUUAAGCGCAUCAUCAGCCAGCUGCGGUCGGAGGUGGAGGCGCUGCAGGUGGAGGCAGGCAGCAGGCGCGGCAGCGAGGCGUCUGCAGAGCUGCGCCGUCUCCGAGAGGAGAACAGCGCCCUUAAGCACCAAAUAAAGCAGUUGGAGCGAGGCGGGAAUGGGUCGGGGAUGCUCCCAGACCAUGAGCGGAUAACGAUAGAGACGCGGGAGAUGUCUCGAGAGCUGAGGACGGUGCGCAAGGACCGGGACCUGCUGCAGGCGCGUGUGGAGGCGGCGGAGGCGGAGCUGGAGCGAGAGCGGGGCCUCCACCGCCGGGAGCUGCGCCGGAGAGCCAAGGAGCAGCAGGAGCUAAUUGACGAGCUGGGGCGCUGCAAGGAGCAAAUCCGGGAACUCAAAAUGCGCAUCCGCCAGCUCACUGAGGAUCUUGAGGCGCGGGACCGGCGGAUGGCGUCGGUUGAGCGGGUACGGUCCGUGUACGGGCGCGGUUCCGCCGACUCAGCAGGCGGUGCACGGCCCAGCAGUCGUCCCAGCUCGGGAGGGCGAGGUGCUAGCCCCGGCUACGCCGCUCCCACGAGAGGCGCCGACAGCCGCAGCAAUAGCCGGGGUCGUCAGACGUCGAGUGCGGAGAGGUCUCGGCCGACAUCCGCACCGGUGGGAUCCCGACCCAGGUUCGACCCGACGGAAUACAUACGGCAACGGAAAGAGCGCGAGGCCAGCUACGGUCGUCGCAGCAAUGCGCCCACGCCACCGCGGUCAGGGCAGUCCUCCCGGGCGCCCUCUGUCGUAGGGAGCCGGCCAGCCAGCGCAGAACGGCUUCCAGCCCUCCGCAGCGGCUCGCCUGCAUCAAGCCGACCGGACAGCGUGGAGCGCCGCCGACCUGGGUCAGGGUUCAGCGGCGGGGCCGGCGGAGGCGGCGGCACGGGCGGCCUGCCAGGUCGCAACAGCGCAGGAACGAGUCGCGGCGCAGCUGACAGAUCCGGCCUGCGGGGCGCUGACACGUACGGCGCGCCUCGCUCGCGUGGGGCGUCACCCAGCGGACGAGCUACCACGGCAUGGGGCGAGGGGCCUGGCAGCAGCAGCGGUGGCGGCGGAGGAGGCGGCUGGUCCAAGUUCCCAGGCGGCGGGGGCGGUGGAGGUGUAGGGGGCGGUGGGCAGCGCAUCUCCAGUAGCUCGCCUCGCUCCAUGUCGCCAGGGCGCGCAUUGCUGGAGGUGAAGCAGAAGCUGAGCAGCUUUGUGGCGGGACGCGCCGGCACUCUGAGCGAGGACAACCAGAGCGCUCAAGGCGACCACGUAAGCCAGUCUUCCAAGUCACAAGUGUUUGAGGACGCCAGCGCGGAGAUUGCGGACAUUGACUCGCGGCUGCACGCGCUGCAGAGCUUCCUGAAGAUGGCGAAAUCAACGUCGACAGCACCCAGCACAUCGACCAUUGGCUAGAUGUGAUGUAUCUGUCGGCUUGGCAGGAAUUCAGCUGUGUGCUUGCGUAGAUGGUGAUUGGGUGUCCUUAAAUGACAUGCGAAUUGUCAUGUGUAUGUAUCCCUGCAAACUGUGCGUGCUGCGUGCGUGCACGGGAAAAGGUCAGCACGGUGGUAUUUGCAUUGCAUCAUGGAACAGAACCCUUCGUGGCCAGGAAAGGCAGCAAGCGCCUCAACAUGAACGGUACUUACACGUGAUCACAG